UUCUUCACACACUGUCUGAUGCUUUGUCUGUGUAACACAAACAUGACGAAAAAGAAGUUGAAAUAAGGAGCGCAUAAGUUAUACAAGUGUCAAUUUUGAUCUUUAUUCCAAUGUUUAUUGUACUGGGGUUGUAAUCAGUGUGAUUUCAAGUUAUUUGAUCGUAUAUUUUUAGAGCAAUGUCGUGUGUUCGGAUGGCGUGUGUGUGUCAGUACUGUCAGUGUCACGAAUGUCAUUGUUCUACUAUAUAGUUAUAUAUCAUGUAUUGGCCUAUAGACUUUUUACAAAAACCACUUAAAUUCAGGCAAAUGAGAGGAGAUAUGGAUUUACCAUUAAAUAUUGAAAAAUAUUGCAUCGCUACAUCUGUGCGUAACAUGGAUGGUUAUGUCGCCUGAGGCUGAGGUGCACAGAAAUCAGCAAAAACAUAAUUUGUAAUUUUGGCCCUAAAAAGUAACAGAAACCAUAAGGCUUGAGAUCAUGUACUCAUGUAGGCCUGAGUAGACAUAAAAUUUCUGACAUUAGUUCGAAUUCAAACCAGAAUUUGGACACAAAAAUACUUAAUUGCCUAAUUGGUUAUAAUAUUCUUAUGAGGUUAUAAUAUGUCACUCAUUUAUUUCCUUCAUGAAAUCUGUGAUUCUUUGAGUCAAUAUCUUGUGGCUGUGCAUUGAAGUUGGUUAAAAACAUCUUAAUCCUAGCAGAACAAUGAAGAAAAUGCUAGGCCUUAAACCAAAACACUCGUGGGGGGCCAUCUGUAGCCCAUUACUUAUCAAAUCAUUUUCAAUAAAGUGUUGAAAAUAUGUAUCUUAGGCCAGACUAAAUAACUGUAUGGUUAUGAGUGUGUUGUCUCGAGUCAAACUGCCACAGUUAGGAUGUGGCCAUGAGAGAGGAUGUGUGGUAGGAGUAUCAAAAACCUGAAUCUCAGGAUGGACUGAUACCGGAACUACCGGACAAAUCUGAUUGCUCGCCUGCACUUGCUCAGAGUGAAAAAUAUAACUCACCUUGAAUUUGAAUGAUAUCAUAUUCACUUUUGGGGGCAAGCUUCUAAACAUUGUAUUUCUUUGCUUCGGCCUGACUUCAUUUUAAUUUUAAAUAUUUUAUUUCUUACAGACCCCACACUGAGUUGCUGGAAGGAAAUGUCUCAGAUUUUCGCUACAAAUUCUCUGUCCCUUUCUAAGGUGAUCCACUUGGAGGUUGACAACCGGACAGCAGUAAACCAACUCAAGUUAGCUUGUGUGCUGAGCUGUGAUUUAGAAUGGAUCUUGAACUCCCCAACCAAGAAGUGGUGAAAUGUGUUGUCGUGGGCGACACAGGGGUCGGGAAGACACGAUUGGUGUGCGCCCAGGCGUGCGGGACCAAGUACACCCUUCACCAACUGAUGCAGACCCAUCAUCCAACUGUCUGGGCUAUAGACAACUACAGGAGAGAUGUGGAGGUUCUAAAGUUGUCUUGUUGUGAGGUAGAUGGCGUGAGUGUCUCGCUGCGUCUCUGGGACACGUUCGGUUACCAUGACAAGGACAGGAGGUUUGCGUAUUCUAGAGCUGACGUUGUCUUGCUGUGCUUCUCGACGGUGCGCCCGAUGUCACUGAAAAAUGUCACCCACUUGUGGUACCCUGAGGUAAAGAGGUCUUGCCCUAAUACUCCAAUCCUCCUGGUGGGCACACAGACUGACCUGCGUUUCCUCUACAAGGAUCCUGAGUUCAUCGCCAUGGACAAGGGACCAUUCUUUCAGACUAUUCGAGAAAGAGACAUUAUCCUCCCAGACGCUGGCCGUGAAGUCGCGAACGAUAUUGGUGCUGAUUACUUGGAGACGAGUGUCUUGACGUCGUACGGAUUAAAGGAAGUUUUCCAGAAUGUCAUUCGGUCUGCGCUCAUCGAGAGGUCAAAGAUGCGAUUCUGGAAUCCACAGCUAAAGCGUGUGUUACCUCUCGUCAUUCAGGCCCCGCCCCUACCACCACCAAAUAAGGCACCAAUUACAAAGAUGCUCAGAUCUGAUUAUACAUCAGAUUUUGAGAAACUUCUUGAUAAUCGAGAUUAUUGCAAUGUUGUCUUUAUCGCUGAGGGAGAGCUGAUUCUAGCGCACAAGAUCGUUUUGAUUUGCGCGUCUGAUGUUUUCUAUGAUUUAUUCUUGGAGAAUCUUCAACGAAGCGAGCUGAACGAAAAAGAGAACAGCAGCUCUUGGCCUGUGUGCGUCUCGGAUCAUGAGAUGUUGAUACGGACAAUGGAUGACGAUGCCUACAUGACUGCCACAGAUUCUGUGGAUGCUUGCCCGCUUCAUCCUGCAUUUACCUCGGCGUAUGCACUUCCAACGAGAGAUCCAACUCGGACUCAAUUUCCAAAUAACAAAUCGCUGCAAAUGGCAGUUGUGCUUCAUUCAGAUAUCACACCUGAAGUGUUCCACAUAGUGUUACGAUUCCUGUACACUGGUCAAGCCACAGUCAGUCACAACCUCUGUGGUAAGGUUAGCCAGGUGGCUCACAUGUUCGGCCUGCAGGAGUUAGUGGCAAUAAUCGACGACACUGAAUUUGGAGAAGACAUCAUGACAUUACCAGAUGAGAGUUUUCUUCAGAGAAGAACAGACAAAUUCAGAGACUUGCUUUUACGGCGAGGCCUGUUUUCCGAUAUUCUGUUCCGUUGUGAAGACGAUGAGGUGAUGACUCACAAAGCACUGAUCAUGACAAGAUGUGACUGGAUGCUGGCAUUGUUCACUGAUAACUUCAGGGAGAGCUCAUUACAGGUGAUUCCUCUUCCCGGCAUGUCCAAGCAAACGUUCCAGUGUGUACUUGACUACCUCUACACAGAUCAGUGCCCUGAUGUGACCAGUGUUGAUGUGACAGAAGUCCUCGAGGUCGCCAACAGAUUUUGUCUGCUCCGUCUCGUAACACUUCUCGAGGACAAAAUCAUCAUCAACUUGACCGAGAUGGAGGAGAAGGGUGAAGAGAUUGUCGAGGAAGUGUUGUUCCUUUUGGAACCUGCUCAGUACUACAAUGCCCUCCAGUUGGCAGUGUGGUGCCUCAGCUACCUCUCAAACAACUACAGCAAAGUCUACAAACAGCAUUUUAAAGAUUUCCGAUCGCUCUCUCAGGACAGCCAAGAUUACGUGUCAGAAAACAGAUGGCCUCCUCUUUGGUACCUGAAGGAGCAGGAUAUGUAUGAGAAGCUAGCCAAGGAGCGUAGCAAACACAAGCUGUUAACGGUUCGCAAACGAGAGCGGAACAACAGUGGCUGUUUGUGUCUGUCGGCGAGACGAUCGAAGAAAGUCAAUCGGGAAGAGUCAUGUGAUGCUUGAGGUCAAGGUCACGAUGCAGCUGUCGUUCAGGUGAAGACGCUGGAGUUUGAAUGAGUGAGAAUGGCCAUUAUCACAUCAUCUGGCUCUUGGGAUUGACAGAUGAACUGAAUACGGGACUGUUCAAGUUCAUGGACUUGUAUGUGACUGUGGACUUUUCAUGAGCUAGAUUUAGACAGGUUGCCUCUAGUAUUGGAGUAUAACCAUGUCUCAAGUUCAACUCGCUGGCAGAGUUAUGUGAUCCUUCAUUUUGUAAAGGCUGCAGCUUUGCUUGAAUUAGACAGCAUGUUUUUAUCAUCAUCAUCAUAGUCAUCAUCAUAGUCAUCAUCAUAGUCAUCAUCAUAGUCAUCAUCAUAGUCAUCAUCAUAGUCAUCAUCGUCAGUAUUACACAUUAUAGCCUUCUCCGGGUAUUGCACAUCAUUUAGAGUUAAACUGAUGAUCCUUUCUUCACCAAAGGGUACUGGUGUCAUCGGGAACUAGUAUGAAUGAGAUUAUUUAUUUUUAUACCUGUUAAAUUGUGCACGCACGGCAGAUUUAUUUAUAAUAUAUGGUUUGCUCAAAAUAAUUAUGAUUUUUAUAGACUCUGCAUUUAUACACGAGUUUUUGAUUUAAUGUGUUUAUUUAAUAUAAUGUUACAUGUAAAAAAUGUUUGUGCUGUCCAAACUGUUGUGUAAAAUGUAGUAGUCCGGCAUGUGUGUUGGAGUAGAAAGAGAGGUUGGAUAAUGGCAAUCCUAUGCUAGUCUCUCAUCCCAAUAUGUCACCCAGUACCUUCAGUAGUUAACACUCGCUUGUACAUGCUGUAAGUAGAAAACAAUAAGCUCCUACAUUUUCUCAGGCAUUUCAUUUUCACAGAUUUCUUCUGCAAGUAAUCUAGAUUUGCAAAGAUAAAAAUUGCAUCUGAUACUUUUUGUAUUGAAAAUCAUAAAAAAUCUUUAAGUGUAAUGUCUGCACAUAAAGAGGCUUUGUCAUUCCAGCCGCAAUGCAAAACACUACUGUGCUUAGUGUAAUAUUGGUUCAGGUGUACUGUUAGAUGUAAUUCAUGUUGUUAGUUUCUAGACCAUUCAUGGCUCUGGGGGCCAACGGCAGGAAGGAUCACCUCAGAAAUAUUCAGACUUAUAGUACAUGUACGCUGUGUCAACAUGAUGUGCCUCAGUACUCAGAGAGCAAAGCUAUGCAAUAGACGUGUAUGUUAUGCUUUUCUAAUGGGCUGCCCGUCUGCCUCACCAUUUAGUGUGAUGCAACAUCAACAGUCCCUUUUAACAUCUUGUGAUGAAAUCAAAUACCUUUUUAGUUAAUGCUCUUAAAGGGAGAUUAUAGGCAGGGUCCUGGUAGGUCAGAUUAAGUUAGACCAAGCUGCAGAUAGGGUGCUCUCUUGUCUCACUGCUCAUUGAAACUAUUCAUGCUUGUAGAAGGAAUAUGAUAAUCAUCGCUGAAUCAAACAUCAUCCCGUCCACUGACUGUGCAUACUAAUGAAGCACUUGAACCCCAUGCUUCUGUCCGUAGUCCCCAUUAAAAUACUAGAACUUCUGUAUUUGUUUUUGGGGUUGCCCACUAAAUAUAUGACUGGAGUUUCAGACGUCCUUUGUGCAGAUAUGGAACACCUUUCCGCUCUAUGCAUUGACUAUCAAAUGUUGGCAGCAGAUGCACGAUUUAGACUGUUCAUAAUUAAGAUAUUUUAGCUUUGCGGACAUUUCAUGGUUAAAGGUUUCAAACAGAAGUGUCAAUUUUAUACAGAGAAUUUCACUUGCAGUUUUAGUACCGCCAUGCUCCUAUCCAGGUUGGCUUUCAGUGAAGAUCACCACUGGCCUCCCAAGAUCACCACUGGUCUCCCAAGAUCACCACUGGUCUCCCAAGAUCACCACUGGCCUCCCAAGAUCACCACUGGUCUCCCAAGAUCACCACUGGCCUCCCAAGAUCACCACUGGCCUCCCAAGAUCACCACUGGUCUCCCAAGAUCACCACUGGCCUCCCAAGAUCACCACUGGCCUCCCAAGAUCACCACUGGUCUCCCAAGAUCACCACUGGUCUCCCAAGAUCACCACUGGUCUCCCAAGAUCACCACUGGUCUCCCAAGAUCACCACUGGUCUCCCAAGAUCACCACUGGCCUCCCAAGAUCACCACUGGUCUCCCAAGAUCACCACUGGUCUCCCAAGAUCCCCACUGGCCUCCCAAGAUCACCACUGGCCUCCCAAGAUCACCACUGGCCUCCCAAGAUCGCCACUGGUCUCCCAAGAUCGCCACUGGCCUCCCAAGAUCACCACUGGCCUCCCAAGAUCACCACUGGUCUCCCAAGAUCACCACUGGCCUCCCAAGAUCACCACUGGCCUCCCAAGUCAAACUGAUGUAAAGACUCCUUAUGAGUUUCUUUUGAUCAGGAAGCUUUUCACUAUCACACCUAAUGUUUGGCUUUAUGUUGU